UGCCCCAGCCGGGCCCCGCCCUGCCCAUACUGGGAAGCCCGGGCCCGGACACAGACAGGAAAGUCUGUCUGCAGGGCCGGCCCUGUCCGGCUCCUGAGCCGCUGUCGCUGCGGUCACCGUCACCAUGUCAGAUCAGACUUACUGUGACCGACUGGUUCAAGACACACCUUUUCUUACCAGCAAUGGUCGAUUAAGUGAGCAGCAAGUUGAUAAAAUUAUCCUCCAGUUAAACCGUUUUUACCCACAAAUUCUCACCAACAAAGAAGCAGAAAAGUUCCGGAACCCCAAAACAUCUGUCCGUGUGCGUUUAUCUGACCUCCUGACCCACCUGCAGAGGAAAGGUGAAAGAGAUUGCCAAGAAUUCUACAGGGCUCUUUACAUCAAUGCCCAACAUCUGUACGGCAGCCUGCCCAGCAGGAAAGCCAUGAAAACCUCAGAUUCCACAGAGCUAGACCCUGACAAGGAGAAAUAUAAUCUAAAUGACAGGGGUCCCAUGUUUUUUCUUGCUUGUUUCAGUGUGGCUGCAGGACUAGCUUUCUUGUUUUAUUACUGCUCACCAGAUCCCAGAGUUCUCAGGGGAACCAGAAGAGUGAUAGGAUUCUCUCCCAUCAUCAUUGGAAAACAUGUUAGUCAUUAUUUGUUAGCCUACUUGGAAAAAAGCUUUGGAGAACCAUGAACUGAAUGUGCUUCUCUCCCUCUUCUCAUCUCUUGCUCUCUGAUGGAGUAUAUACAUCCAUCCAUACAGCAGAUACAAAGUUCCUAUACCAAAGAUUGCCUGGCCUGGCCUUGCUUCAGCAGUGACUAUAUCAUUGCAAGUGUAUUCCAAGAGUCAGUCCUGUAUCCCCUACUUUCUUGGUGGGAGCAGAUCAUUUAUUUUUUUAAUGGCUUAUUUUUAAAUAUUUAUAACUUCAAUAAAAAUCACUUUUAACUCAAA